AUGAGAUAAUAAAAUGUUGGCCUAUUUUCUCAAAGUCAAUUAUAUGUAAAAGAGCUAUGUGAACCAGUAAAUAUUUUGGAAUUUCUGGAUGAUUAAGUUAAUCAAAGUAUAAAUCAUUCUAUAAAACUUGAAAAUUAUAAAAUAUCAAAUAAAAGUAAUAAAAAAGAAAAUUCACGCUAAAGUAGAUAUUAAUAGUAACAAUCUAGUUUAUAGUCAAAAGAGAAAUUAAAUAAAACCCCUAUGUUUCUGACUGGGUAAAUAAAAUUCUAGAAAAACAAUUUGGAGUUUAAUUAUCUUAAAUAACACAAAGAAAUAACCAAAAAUGGAUUAUAAAAAGAUUAAAACCUUCUAAAAGUAAUGAUAAUACAAGAUACUAGCAUUCACGAUUGAUACAUGUAUUUGAGAAUUAAUCUUUAGGAUAUAAAAUCUCAAGAGGAAGGGUAGAGAAAAACAGCUUCUAAAUCUAAUAGCAGAAGACUAGAUAAAAUAAUAAAAGAUUAUUAGUAAUCUUUUAGUGGAAUUAGAUACCCUUUACCUACUUAUGAUAUUAUUUCCUUAGAUAAAAUAGAUUAGUAAAAUUUAUGA